AAAUUAUAGUGUGAGAAGAAAUAAUAGCCCAUUCAGUGACACUAUUUUUAAUUAUAUUCAUUUAUCAACAAUGCCGGAAAAGAAGCAUUUUGAACGUCUUCCAAAAUCUGUGAUUCCAAAAAACUACGAACUGUUCUUGAGACCCAACCUAACAAAAUUCACUUUUGAAGGCAAAGUGAAAAUUGAUAUUAAGAUAAAUGAACCAACAAACAAGAUAGUGAUGAACGCAAUAGAAUUGGAAAUCACAGAAGCAGAAUUAACGACUGCUGAAGGACGUACGGUGACACCUGCACGCAGCCUCUCCACCGAGACAGAGACUCUGACCUUGGACCUGGCCGAGACUCUUACUCCCGGUGAUGCUCAACUUCACAUCAGCUUCCUCGGCCAGCUCAAUGACAAGAUGAAAGGUUUCUACCGCAGCAAGUACACUUUGGGUGACGAGGAACGCUACGCAGCUGUUACACAGUUCGAGUCGACAGAUGCACGGAGGUGUUUCCCGUGCUGGGACGAGCCGGCGAUCAAGGCUACAUUCGACAUCACCCUUGCGGUCCAGCCUGAGAAGACUGCACUCUCCAAUAUGCCAGUGGAGAGUGAGAAAGUGGAGGGAGGAGAGCGGACUGUGACGUUUGCCCGGACGCCUAUCAUGUCCACGUACCUGGUGGCUGUGGUGGUGGGUGACUAUGACUACAUUGAGGACACCUCCACUGAUGGGGUGAAGGUCAGAGUCUACACUCCUGUGGGCAAGCAGGAGCAGGGGAGGUUCGCCCUACAUGUCGCAACCAAGGUGCUACCCUACUACAAAGACUACUUCAAUAUUGCGUACCCAUUGCCAAAAAUUGAUUUGAUCGCCAUUUCCGACUUCUCUGCAGGAGCAAUGGAGAAUUGGGGGCUCGUCACGUACCGGGAGGUCUGCCUCUUGGUGGACGCUGAGAACACGUCGACGGCGAGGAAGCAGUUGAUAGCUCUGGUGGUGGGGCACGAGUUGGCUCACCAGUGGUUCGGCAACCUGGUCACCAUGGAAUGGUGGACCCACUUGUGGCUGAACGAAGGUUACGCCUCUUUUGUGGAGUUUUUGUGUGUGGCCCACCUCUUCCCCGAGUAUGACAUCUGGACUCAGUUUGUGACUGACAUGUAUAUCCCCGCCCUGCAACUCGACUGUCUCAACAACUCCCACCCUAUUGAGGUUCCCGUUGGUCACCCGAACGAGAUUGAAGAGAUUUUUGAUGAUAUUUCGUACAACAAAGGGGCCUCUGUCAUCAGAAUGCUCAAUAAUUACAUCGGUGACAACGACUUCCGGGCUGGGAUGUAUUUGUACCUGACUCGUCAUCAAUACGGCAACACAUUCACAGAAGACCUGUGGGCAGCUCUAGAGGAAGCGAGUAGCAAGCCUGUAGCUGACGUGAUGACCACUUGGACCAAACAAAUGGGGUUCCCGGUCAUCACGGUGGAGAAGGCCACUCAAGAGGGUGACGCACGAGUCUUCACCCUUUCACAGGCCAAGUUUUGUGCUGACCCGAGAGACGCACAGAAAGAGAAUGAAUCGCUGUGGUUGGUGCCAAUCAGUUUCUCCAAGGCAGGUGCGCCAGAUACCGCGUGUCACACAGUGAUGAUGCGUGAACGCCAGAUGACAGUGCGUGUUGAAGGUGUAGCGCCAAAAGACUGGGUGAAGCUCAAUCCGGGGACUGUAGGCUACUACCGUACUCGCUAUCCCCCUGCCAUGCUGCAGCAACUCCAGCCUGCCAUUCAGGACAAGAGUCUGCCUCCUCUCGACAGGCUCGGACUUCUAGACGACCUUUUUGCUCUGGUACAAGCCGGUCAGUCCCAGACAGUGGAGGUCCUCAAACUGAUGGAGGCUAUGAACCAAGAGGAUAACUACACUGUUUGGUGCACAAUAGCCAACUGUCUGACAAAGCUGCAGGUGCUACUCUCCAACACGGAGUUUGAGGACAAGUUCAAACUGUAUGGACUGAAACUACUAGGCAACAUCGGUCAGAAACUGGGUUGGGAGCCAAAACCUCAUGAGAGCCACCUGGACACACUACUGCGCUCGCUGGUACUGAACCGACUGGCCACAUACGGUGACCAGGCGGUGAUAGCCGAGAGUCACAAACGGUUCCAGCAACACGUCUCCGGAGAGAGUCCAUUACCCGCAGACCUGCGCAGCGUAGUAUACCGAGCAGUGCUUAGUGAUGAUGGUGAAAAGACCUACGACACCAUGAUAAAGCUCUACAAAGAAUCAGAUCUGCAUGAGGAACAGUCAAGGAUCAGCCACGCCCUGGGAAGCAUCAGGGACGAGAAACUGCUACGGAAAGUGUUGGACUUUGCCAUGUCGCCAGAUGUUAGAUCUCAAGACACCGUUUUCGUGAUCAUCUCAGUUGCAAUGACCAAACUGGGCAGAGACCUGGCUUGGAACUUCAUCAAGGACAAUUGGGCCACCUUCCUCAAGAGAUAUGAGGGUGGUGGUGGACUGCUGGGUCGGCUGGUCAAGCGGACCACAGAGAAUUUUGCUAGUGAGCAGCGGGCUGUGGAGAUAGAAGAGUUCUUUGCUAGCCAUGACGCGCCUGGCUGCGAGCGCUCGCUGCAGCAGACCUGUGAGAGCAUCAGAGUCAACACUGCGUGGUUGGCUCGGGACAGGGAGAGUGUACAAGACUUCUUGUCUAAACUGUCAUAGGAGAGCCAAUGCAGAAAUACCAUUUGUGGGAUACCCAAUGCCAAAGGACCAUACGCGGGCUACAGUUACCCGUUGAAUUUAUGCCUUCUUGUUUUGUUGUUGUUUUCUCAUUUCAUUAUUAUUCCAUUUUAUGGUCGUUCGAAUCAGCAUUUAAGUUGACCUUUUGGUAGUAGUUUAGCUGAGUGAAAAAUCUGAUGAAACAAAAAAUUUUAAAAUUUAUUGUUCAGAGGCAUUUUAUUUUGUAUUUUGUGAUUGUGAAUGCUACUAAUUAUUAAUUAGUAGUUGUAUCCAAUAGAUUCUUGUUGUUUACUCAUGUGAAAAAGUUAAACAAAGACUUUGUUUAUGUUGUUAUACAAUAUUUAUGCAUUUAUGUUGUGAAAGUGUCUCUGUCAACACAUUUUUCUUCACCCCCUGUACAUUUUUUUUUCAAUGAAUUUUUUAAUUCAGUACAUUAAAAAAGUGUAUUCUGUUGAAGUUGUACAGUUAUAAAAUUGAAUUCUAAAAUAAUGCCUUGAUUGUGUGUGCUGUCAUUUUUAGAUAAAUUAAAAAGUUGUAUUAUCUUGCCUUUUCUUACAGUCUUUUGUACUGUAGUCGGACAUUUUAUUUUAAAUUUCAAGUCUUCUCUUGCUGUAAAAUAGUUUGUAAAAAAGUUGUACAAUUUGUGAGCAAACGUUUGUUUGGUUAACUAAUCCGUUACCAGUCAGUGUAGAAGCAGGUGCUUUUGUUUUUAUUCUUAGUGUUAUGGGCAUUAGAAUGCAAAACCAAUGAUUAGCGGAGUGGUUUUGUUGAAACAAAAUCCAUGCAAUGAUUCGUAAUCUAUUCAUUAAGUAAUCGACUAUAAGACUGCAACCUUAUUAAUAACCUUUUAGAACGUUUGCAACAUAAUUUUGAGUUUUGCUGUGUUCCUCAACUCUCAUCUUGCCCAGUUACCUAGCCUUGCUGUGCCAUAGCCAUAGCGAAUUGUGCUGCCGGUGUUAUCUCUAUGCGGCCGAGUGUUUGGUUUAUGCUUUAGUACAAAAAAUGGAAGUGCUUCAAUUCUGCCUGUAAAUUUUGUUUUAACAUUUUUUAAUAUUAAAUUGUGUUUUAUCUUUUAA